CUCUAUACAUUCGUCUCAAAUCGAGCUUCGAAUUAGUUGUACAGUAGCUCGUUUGAUCGUUUCAGUGUGACGUCAACGUUUCUGUUUUGCGUUUGCUCUCACCGUCAAUCUCGUCAGAUGGGAGCAAGAAAACAGGGUGCCAGUCGCUCGCGCGCAUCACGUGCGCGCAGCCGGCCUUCACUCUCACCGGGUCUCGCUCCAUAUAUACGAGCGCCCGGCGCCAGUUUUGAGGCUCUUCAAGUCCACUUAACAACAAUGGCACGUCAAACCAAAGCCGCCCGCGUUGCCCGCACCGCCGCCGCCACCGCCGCCAAAGCCGCCAAGCGCCGUGGCGCGCUGCUGGCGCCUGUGCCCGCUGCUCGCCCCGUUGCCCCCGCCGUCGCCGCCGCCAUCGCCGAGCUGCUCGCCGCCGCGCCAGCUGCUCCCGCGCGCGCCCGCUCGGGGUCGCCUUCGGGCGGGUUGGCUUCGGCCAACCGAGUCUCGCGACUCCCCCGGGCGGGGUCUCUUUCGCCCGCCUGGGCCCCGGCCGCGCUGCCCGCAUGGGCUCGGGCUGCUCGCCCGCCGCCGACGCCUGCGCCCUCCGCCCUCGCCGCCGCCACCGCCGCCAGCUGCUCGCCGCCGCAGCGUGCUGCCCUGGGCGCUCCCGCGCCACCCCCGCCUCGCGCCGCUGCCCGCGCCCCCAGUUGCUCCCUGGCUGCCGGCCGGUCAGUCUGUUGGCGCUCGGCGCCCGACCCCCUGCGGCAAUUGCUUUGCCGCGCAGCUGAGCAGUAGUUCAGCUGCUCAGUGCCACGAUGUGGUGGGGGGUCGGGGCCGGCGUUGCUCCAAGUGUGCUGCUGGGCACAAGUGCCGUCCGCUCCCCCGGGAGCUCCAGCCGGUGGCUGA